ACGUUUUUAAUAUUUUUACAGAAUAUUAAUAAUUAGUGAAAAGGAGUUACUUGAGUUUUUAAUACUCGUAAAAUUUAACAAACAUGAAUCAAAUUUUAGCUAGUGUUCGUGGUGCAUUAAAAAAGCGUCCAUUUUUAACAAAUAGUAUUAUAUACGGAUCACUUUAUGCAGGAGCAGAAUACUCGCAACAAUUUCUUUCUAAAAAGAUAAGGCCUGCCUUUAAAGAGAAUUCAGACAUUGAUUAUACAACCGUAUGUCGGUAUGCAGUAAUGGGAACUACCAUGUAUGCUCCGUCACUAAUUUUGUGGUAUAAAUGGUUGGAUAGUUAUAUUCCAGGCACAGCACCUGCUGUUAUUACAAAGAAACUUAUUCUUGAUCAGUUCGUAUUAUCGCCUUAUUUAAUUAUGUUGUUUUUUACGGGUAUGUCAAUAAUGGAGAACUCGGAAAAUAUAUUUUUGGAUGUGCAGACGAAGUUUAUUUCCACAUUUUAUAAGUCUUGUAUGUUUUGGUUGCCAGCACAAUCCAUUAAUUUUAUGUUCAUUAUGCCAAAAUACAGAGUACUAUAUAUGGGAAUUUGCGGAUUUUUGUGGGUUAAUAUUUUAUGUUGGGCUAAACGGCAAAAAUAAGUUGGACUGAGAAUAUGUUAUAUGUUAAACUAAUAAGUUAAAACUUUUAUAUAUUAUCAAAUU